CGCCGCUGCUCUGCCUACAGGAGGCUGAGAAGUAAACUACCAAAUAGGAAUAGAGUACUUAGCCAGGCAGGUGGCUUCUAGUCAGCAAUGUGUCAGCCAAAGCAGCUCAUACUGUAAGGGUUGAGUGGUUAAGUUGUCAUGGUCGUCACACAAGCGCUAGCCAAACCCCAACAGCUAGCAAAGAGCUGUAAGAAUUAACGCAGUAAGUGGCAGACUUAUGUUUAAUUAGCUAGAUUUAGCUAACGCGAACGGCUUCACUUCCGAUGUUUAAUAUCACAGACCUGCACACUUUCUGAAAGGCGUUUCCUCUUGAGCAAACGAUGUCUAAACGCCUUCGAAACACGGAGGUCUGCGCAGACUGCACUGCUCCAGAACCCCGGUGGGCUUCAGUGAACAGGGGUGUGUUGAUUUGCGACGAGUGCUGCAGUGUUCACCGAAGUUUGGGCCGACACAGCUCUCAAGUUCGUCACCUUACCCAAACGCCAUGGCCUCCUUCACAGCUACAGAUGGUUCAAACCAUAUACAGCAAUGGGUCAAAUUCAAUCUGGGAGCAUUCGAUCCUGGACCCGGCGUCUGGGUUGAGUGGAAAACGCAAAACUAACCUUCAGGACAAGCUGCACCCAAACAAAAUGGAAUUCAUAAGAGCCAAAUAUCAAAUGCUGGCAUUUGUGCACCGGAUGCCCUGUCGGGAGGAUGACAGCUCUACAACCAAAGACUUAAGCAAGCAACUUCAUUCAAGUGUACGCACAGGAAAUCUGGAGACUUGUUUGAGAUUGUUAUCCCUUGGAGCACAAGCAAACUUUUUUCACCCAGAAAAGGGAAACACUCCUCUGCACGUCGCUGCAAAAGCCGGACAAGUUUGUCAGGUUGAACUUUUAACCGUGUAUGGAGCAGAUCCUGGAGCUCCGGAUAGUAACGGCAAAACUCCUAUUGACUAUGCCAGAGAGUCGGGCCACCAUGACUUGGCAGAUAGGCUGGUGGAGAUUCAGUAUGAACUGACUGAUCGACUGGCCUUCUAUCUGUGUGGACGUAAACCUGAUCAUAAAAAUGGUCAGCACUUCAUAGUUCCACAAAUGGCAGACAGAUCCAUCAGCGUAGAUUUAUCCGAACUCGCAAAAGCUGCAAAGAGGAAACUGCAGUCUCUCAGCAACCAUUUGUUUGAGGAGCUGGCCAUGGAUGUGUAUGAUGAAGUGGACAGAAGAGAGACGGAUGCAGUGUGGUUGGCCACACAGAAUCACAGCACCUUGGUAACAGAAACAGCUGUGGUCCCUUUUCUUCCUGUGAAUCCAGAGUAUUCAUCAACAAGAAACCAGGGACGACAGAAGCUUGCAAGAUUUAACGCACAUGAAUUUGCAACUCUGGUGAUCGAUAUCUUAAGUGAAGCGAAGCGCAGACAGCUUGGGAAUUCUGCAGUCAUUCACAAAGACAGUGUCGAACUUAUUUUAAAGAGUGUAGCCGUCAGACACUGCAGCGACAGUCAGGACACCGACCAGCCCGAUUACGACAGCGUGGCGUCCGACGAGGACACAGAUCAAGAACUCCUGUCAAGCAAAGGGGAUAGGACCAAGAGCCUUGACUCUGACCUGUCUGACGGUCCCAUAUCUAUGCAAGAAUACAUGGAGGUGAAAAACGCACUCUCUGCCUCUGAAGCUAAGGUCCAGCAGCUUAUGAAAGUCAACAACAACCUAAACGAUGAGCUGAGGCUGAUGCAGAAAAAGCUGCAAUCUCUGCAAAACGAGAACACCUCUCUCAGGCGGCAGGUCACGACCAAUAUCUAUUACACCCCCAGUGGUGCAGACUACCCUGACCCCUCCAGCCCCUCAGCCCUGAAACGCCGCCAGUCUGCCCGGGCCAAUCGGCCCAUGUCUAUGUACGAGACUAGCUCAGGCCUGAAGCCGUAUCUCCCCAAAGGGGAAAGUCACUACACAGAGGAGGGUGUUCCCACCCUGCAGCCCUUCACAGCUCAUACAAAAGAGGGCGCUUUUGUGACCACCUCAUCAUCCCUCCCCUCAUUUCCAUCCGCCCCGUCUUGGUUGAAGGAGGACAGUUCUCUAAAGACUCCAAAAAUGGAGAAGCAGAGCAGUGUGCCAGAAAGCGAUUAUGACAACCCUUUCAUUGACUCAGAGGUGGAUGACACAAGUUCAUGCAGAAGAGGGAGGUUCAGGAGCAGCGGCUGGCUGGGAGAAGCCAGCUCCAUCCCUGAACUGGAGGACGCGGACUGUGACCCCGCACUUCCCAGCACAGAAGAUGUCAUUCGUAAAACCGAGCAGAUUACCAAAAACAUUCAGGAGCUCCUACGAGCAGCUCAGGAGAGUAAACACGACAGACCCUGUGAGCGAGAGGGUGUGCGUCGGCUCAGGCACAGCCUGGGAUGCUUCAGCACUCUGGUACCUUGGGCUGAGAAGGCCUCUGCUCCCCUUCAACCCCUCACCUUCCGGUCCACUGAACCCACCUCCUGCUUCAUUCCCUGCUCAGAAAGAAUCCACCUUGCUGUGACAGAAAUGGCUGCACUUUUCCCCAAGAAGCCACGCUUGGAUACGGUGCGAGGCUCCCUGCGCUUGCUGACCUCCAGCGCGUGCCGCCUUCAGAACGAGUGCAGAAAGGUUGUGCCUUCAGAGGGCUGCCCGGGUCCGGACAUGCAGCUGGUCACCCAGCAGGUCAUCCAAUGUGCUUAUGACAUCGCCAAGGCAGCCAAGCAGCUCGUCACCAUCACAACAAAGGAAAACAACAACUAAACAGAGUUUAGAAGGCCUGCAAAGCCUUUAGCCUGUCAGUUUAAAAAAAAAACUUUCAGUCAUUUUGAUUUCAAGUCUGUAAUAUAUGCAUGCAGUUUUUUUUAACUAUUAUUUAUGAUCUAAAAAUAUCUAAACAGGAAAAGUCUGACAAAAUGUUUGUGUCAUAGGUGCAUAAAUCGUGUUUUGGGAAAAUAAACUAGCAUAUUGCUGCCAGAGAGCCUAUUUCACAUAAUUACAAGUACUGUAGUAGAAACAUCUCAAGAGAGAGGACGACAUCAGGAACGCACUGAGAAAAUAAAGCACAGAAAAAGUAGCUCAGUGUUAUCCGUCCAAAGCCACAAAUGGAUGCUGAUAUCCCAAAUUAUUAAGGAACUUUAAAAGCUUAAGUGGCUUCUAUGUGCUGCACUGCAUAAGCAUCAGAAAUCACAAAGUUGAAUAUUUAACAAAAAAAAAGCAUGCAAUGACUUUCCACCCAGCAAUGUUUCGUCUCUGGUUUGUUUAAUGCGCAGUGAAAUCCUGUUUGCAGUGGACUUCCUGCAGCUAUUUAUGCAUGCGCCUUUGUCAUAUUGAUAUAUGCAAGUAAGACCUUUUCUGGGGCAAAUAAGUGCUUUUUGCCAUAUUUGUUCUUGAGAAACAGACUCCACAAACUGCUGUGUACCGACGCCGCUACACUGCUGCUGUUGAGAAGUUCAAAAGCAAUAGUUGUGCCUCCAUGUGUGCUAACAUUUGAUUCACUUUUAGUUUUGUAUUUGAUGUGCAAUAGGAAAAAACUGUAAAUGUCUUUUGUGUCAUCCCCCCAAAAAGCAUCAUGUUGUAAUAUUAUUUUCAAAUAAAUAUAAUUUAUAACAAUUA